UCUGUCUAAGAUGAUCAUAUCCAUCCAUCUAUCCUCUUUGUAUAUAUAGAUAGGAAACGAAACUCAAACUCGUAAGUUUUAAGCAGAGCAUAAAUCCAGAGCAAGAAGAAGAAGAUGGGUUUGAAGGAGGAUUUUGAGGAGUAUGCUCUCAAGGCAAAAACAUUGCCGGAAUCAACAACAAAUGAAAGCAAACUUAUCCUUUACGGCCUUUACAAGCAGGCUACAGUUGGACCUGUCAACACUACCCGACCUGGUAUGUUCAGCAUGACAGAAAAGGCAAAGUGGGAUUCAUGGAAGAGUUUUGAAGCCAAGUCCAAGGAGGAAGCUAUGAAUGAUUACAUAGUAAAGGUGAAACAGUUACUGGAGGAGGCUGCUGCUGCUUCUGCUUAAUGAUAUUAUGCUGGAAGAAGAAGAAAUUUAGUUUUUCAUCUUUCUUUUCCUUAUUAAUAAUAAUAAAUCACCCAACCCAUCUUAUCUUUCUUAAAUUAUUAUUGUAAUUCAACUGCUUGUGUUAUUAUUAUUAUUAUAUUAUGGUUGUCUUGUUUUAUGAUCCAA